AUGCCGUGCCGCCACGGGUAUCUUUCGCACAUCCUGGUGGUCGUGGCGGCGGCCAGCAUGCAGAGAGGAGUAACCCCCCAAGCGCGGCCAACCGACUACGGGAAGUUUGAGAGCCACGACGUGUUCGAGGUGCUGCACGUUAUCGACUCGAUGGCUCACGGGCUCAAGCCAGAACCUGACGUGUGUCCCGGAUGGCCUUCACUUCGGGUGGCAGGUCAGUUACCUCUUCUUCCUCCUGGCCUGCAGGAUCACAGAGCCAGCGUUGUCUUCCUCGCGGUCUGCGGGAUCGUUCACGGCUGCUCGAUCCGCUUCUCCUUGCUGCUCCUGUGCUUCUACGUUUGCGAGGUUACUGAGCGCGAGGAGGCCAGGCGAGACGCCAAGGACAACAGGAGGGAGAAGGGCAGGCUCGCGCAGGAGCGCACGGACCUGGAGCGGGAGGUGCAGGAGCGCGUCCGGAAGCAGCUAGCGAAGGCCAGCGAGGCGAAGGCCGACGGUGCCGGUGCCGCGGAGGAGGGCGCGCUCAGGCAGCGCGAGAAGGAGGUCGAGGAGAGGGAGCUGCAGGUGCAGGCCGCAGUCAAGCAGGUGCACGAUCAGGCCGCCGAGUUUGAGCAAGCCGCGGCCGAGAAGGAGCAGGCGCUGCAGGAUAGCCUCGCCAAGCUCCAGGAGUUCGAGGCCAAGCUCCUGGAGAGACUGGAGGCCGUGCAGCAGCGGGAGCAGGCGGCGGGAAUCACGGUCGAGGCCGCGGAGGGCGAGGGCGCUGUGGGCCAGCAGGCCACGGCGCCCGUCGCGCCCUCCAGGGCGCCGUCCGCGCCGUCGGACUCCAGCGCCAACGGGGCGGCCGACAGGAAAGCGGCGGGCGGAGGCGCGGGGCCAAAGGCCGCAGGGCCCAAGGCCAAGGCCGCCGCCUCGAGAAGAGCCGCCGGCGGCCGCAGAAGAGGCGCC